ACCAUGAUCUUAUUGUCUCUGUGUUCCAGCAUGUCUCUCCUGUACAUCCUACUCCUGCUCCCAGCGGUCAGCCUGGCCAUCAACCUCAAGCCGUACAACGAGACAGCCGGCAUCCUGUUUGAUGACGUCAACUCCAACAAAGAUGACGUCAUCACCAGACAUGAGCUGAGAGAAUCCUUCGAU